UCCCUCACCUCACUCCAGUCCUCUCCCCUCCCCUCCCUCUCUUUUGCGCGCUGGCCCCUGCCGUUUCGGACCCGCCACGCUCCGGUCCCCCGCUCCGCCGCCGCCGCCGUCCGUCCCCGUCGCCCCACCUCCUCCGCCCCGUCAGAGGAAGCUGCGGACUGGCAUGACCUAGGGGGGCCAUGGAAGAGGCAGACAAGGACCGCAAUUCCUGCAAGCGCCUGCGGGCGGUGGGCGGCGGCGGCGACUCGGCGGAUGCGUGGCGGAGUUUCCGGGUGGCGCGCGCGGCGGCGGGCGGCAAGGACCGGCACAGCAAGGUGGUGACCUCGCGCGGCCUCCGCGACCGCCGCAUCCGGCUCUCGGUGCAGACGGCCAUUCAGUUCUAUGACAUCCAGGACCGCCUGGGUGUCGACCAGCCCAGCAAGGCCAUCGAGUGGCUCAUCCAAGCCGCCGCCACCGCCAUCGAUGGUCUCCCGUCGUUGGACUGCUCCUUCGCCUUCCCUGUCGCCUCCCCAGCAGCAGAAGACACCGCGGAGGUCAGCACCUCGGAGACCAGCAAGGGCUCCGUGCUCUCGCUCGCCAACGGCCCUGCCGACAAUGACAAUGCCGCUCACCAAGCCAGUGCAUACAACGGGGGCAGUGCCAAUGGCAUGUUUGCCGGGCUCCUGCACUGCUCUAACGCCGCCGACAAGCCAAUGCAGCAUCAGCAUCAGCAGCAGCAGCCGACGCUUGCCUACUACGCCGCCCCGGGUUCGCACAUCGCGCCCAUGUCCUUCGAGAUGAUUCCCCAGCUCACCUUCUCCCAGGACCAGCAGCACUGCCACCACCACCACCACCACCACCAUGCCUCUGUCUCCUUCGACAGGAGCACACUUCAGUCCAACACCGUCUCCACGCCUCAGUGGCCCCCGUCCCAGCACCCGUUCCUGAUGCAGAGGUUCUCUGCUGCUCCAGCCGAGCCUUCGCCUAUGUUUCCCUUCUUUCUUGGAGGCAACAACGCUGCUGCUGCGGCUGCUCCUGCGGCGGCCAAUGCGCCGGAGCGGAGGCUGCAGCUCUGGGACUUCAAGGAGGAAAGGAAGACAUAGUUUCUUCUUGGGAGAUUCGGCGGUGUACCAAACUACCAAGUCAUAUGAUCCAUUCAGCACAGCAAAACCCAGAAGGAGAGAAGAUGCAAGGCAACGAAGGAGUCGGCGCCAUGGAGCCGCGUGGAAUGCAAUCGCUUUGCUGGAUCUCCGAAUCUUCUCCGCGCGGUUUUCGUUUUGCCGUUGUCAUCCUCUGACCUAUGUUUUUGUGAUCGGAAACCAAAUGUUUUUGAGCUGCACUCUGUUGCUGUGCCCUCUAUCUUUCUCCUUACGAAAAAGAUGUUUUUUUUUUAACUUUCUGGCGAGGAACAGAAUUUCGCGCUUGCAUGGAUGCUGGUGGCGUGUACUGAGUGGCAUAAGAAUUUCUCGUGUACCUGGGGGCAUUAGCAGAUGGUAAUCCAAACAUGAAUGAUUUCUUUCACCUGAUGA